ACAUGGCAGACUGCGUCACUGCCAGCCGCCCGGUUCUGCCAAGUUAUCGGGUGUCUGCGCAAGCAACGCAGCGGCAUCGGAGGCAGCUGUGAAUACAGAUUAUCAUGGGUUCUUGUGGCCGAGGAGAGCGCUGCUGCUGCUCCUGGUGGCGUGGCGUGGCGCUGGUGCUGCUACUCGUGUGCCACGAGGCGGCGUCCGCUCCCAAGCGGCGCUCUUUCAACUGGCGCCGCUUCCUGCAGUGCAUCGACAACCGGUCCUGGAUGCUGCUCUCCCUCGACGGAGCCUGCGUGGCGCUCGUCAUGUACGCCACCUACCGCACCAUGCUCAACCUUGAGUGCCCCGACUGCGACCUCUACUUCCAUUGCCGUGCAAACUACAACGCACUACGCUGGUGCCGCAAGACCAAACGGUCGCAGGAGAUGAACGUCCUGAUAGGCGGCUGCCAGAACCUGUCCAAGCCCGGGAGGACGCCGGAGCAGAAAGCGGCCGAGGAACGGGCGCGCCAGGACGGCAGGGAGCAGAAGGACUGCGCCAGGAUCUAUCUCGGCAACUCGGGGUGCAGCUACAAGCCCGACUCGGGAAAAUGCAUGGUUUUUGAGAAGGGCCCUAUGGGCUAGCCCGAGCUGCACGCGAGAAUGGCGGGCGGGACUAUGUGCAGACAACAGCUGGGACAUUCAAAUCGCGAGAGCGAAAACAACCCGGCAGCGGAAUAGACGGGACGGUACAUCAACGCCCGUGCACAGGAACACAAAUUAAGCAGCUUUGGUUGAGCGUCCGCAACAGCUCUGCGUACGCAAGGAGUACUCGAAGGCGGCGAUGCGCAUGCGCUGUACGCAGGAGCACGCUCAGGCGCUGUGUAGCGGCCGCUGCGGGCUCUGCGCGACGUUCUCGCGUGCGCACGAGAGCGCAUUGCUCCAGCUUGCUCCGAACGAAGGAAGGCGCGUGAGAUGGCGACGGCAGUUGCCGAGGCUGGCGCAUGGCGGCGCUGAGAAGCCCGCGCGCUCGACGCGACCGUGCCACGACCCGUGGCCACGACGACUCCCCGCUGCGUCGUCCGCGUCCCUGCACGCUCGCAUGCGCUGCGUACGUGGGUGCUUGCGGACGCUCAACGAAAACUCUCUAUUGUCGAUAAUCAACACAGACGUCCGAUUUUUAGAGCCUACGCGUCUGAGCCAUCCGUAUAUCAGGAUCUUAGGCAAGAGUCAUGGCGCACUGGCAUACGAAUUGCUGGCAGGCGUUCAUAUCCACAAGAAGGCUCGUGCUUAAGCAAGCCAAAAUCUGAUUGCCUUUCGAGGCUGGGAAUGCGACUUUUUCCAACAGCUUAAUUGAACAACUUUGUUUACAGGUGCGCUGCGACACCUAAGUUUCCGAUGUUGGUCGAAUAAACCUUGUUCGCUUGUCCUCGCCACUUCGCUGUCGUGUUGUCUUUGCUUGCGCUUAAAGCAUUAUCGUAAUGUUAAAUGUAAUCAACCAACCAACAGGUUCAUUCAGGGUGACAUUUUGGUUGCUGCAGCAGUUUAAAAUAGUGUACUUCUAGGCUGCUGGCCAUUUAGCCGCCAUACAUAUGUAAAACUAUCCCGUCAUUCUCAACAUAAUGCCUAUUUUUUUAUUUGUUGUUGUUUUCCCUAAAUACCAAAAAAGGCUCGAUUUGGUUUACCUGACUUCAUUUGAUUUGAAUGACACUGCCGCUCACAGUACAGGGUGGAGAGCAGGACAACGUUCAAGCGCGAAAUUCCCCCCGUCGCAUCCGAGCUCAAGUCUCGGAUGUUCAACGAAGCGGCCAGCGCCUCAGCCUCGCAAUAGUAUACAAGGGAAUGACUGUUCCUUUGUUUUACUUGCACACAACAUGUCUGUUUAGAACUGUGGAAAUGAAAUCUUCUUAAAAGAUAGCAGAACCACUACAAUUCUUGUUACUGAAAUCUGUAACGCUACAUUACUCAACCAUUUUAAGAGAAGCAAACGAUAUGUGAUGUGUAUUCGAACGUAAUGACAAUAAAAUUAUGAUUGCAUAGAC